CUUUCAUAUUCCGAAUACUGUAGAGUUUUUGUCUCUGAAAUAGUGUAUUGUUUCAGAUAAACACAAAUGAUGAGUUCCGGCAGCAUUUGCUACAAGUGUAACCAACCUGGCCACUUUGCCAGAGAAUGCUCACAGCCAGGAGGUAGAGAUGGUGGUAGCAGGAGCUUUGGCAGAGGCCGUGAGAAGUGCCAUAAAUGCAACAAGGUGGGUCAUUUCGCACGCGAAUGCAAGGAGGAGCAAGCGCGCUGCUACCGUUGUUACGGUGAGGGUCACUUUGCAAAGGACUGCCUUCAGAGUCCCGACAUGCCGUCUUGCUACAACUGCCGCAAGGUCGGCCAUCUUGCCCGUUUCUGUCCGGAGGGGAACGACCGUAUGGCCAACGAGACCUGCCACAAUUGUCAGCGGAUUGGUCACAUCUCCAGGAGCUUCUGAGUUGAGUGAGUUUUACUGAAAGCAUGCAAGAUUUUUACAUUGUAUUUGAAGAAAGAAACUGAUGAGCUGUCGCAUAUUCACCAUGAUAGAACUUCGAUUGGAACACAACCACAGUUUUAUGUCUACCGAAAUCUAUGGAAAACUUUCGCACAAAUCUACCGAAAACAAAUCGACUAUAUAGCAACACUGAGUGUCCAAUUUUGUUGCGCCUUGGUGUUUUGCGUAGUUGUGCGGCCGACUGUUGCGCUGGCCCUUCGUUAUAUAUUUGCGUGAUUAUCAUGUGUAUAUAUUUUAUGGAUUUCUAGGUUUUAACGUUUUCUAUAAUACGUACAGGGUGUUCUUCUGAAAACGUCCCACCUCGGGUUUAUCUAAAACCACGGAUUAAAAGAAAAACGCCGAGACACAUCAAUAGAUUUGUCAAGGGCGACAACUUUUUAAUCAAAAACUACUUCACCCUCGGCCCUCAGGGUCAUUCCCUUAAAAAAUUUAAAUGACAAGGGGUAUCGAGUAAGAGCUUGUUUGAAAGGUUAUUUUCGUUUGAUUUUUUUAAAUCAGUCUAUUCGUUUCCGGAAAAAUUAUAAAAAUCUUUAUCUUAAUUUGUUCAGAUAGAAAACAAAAACACGAAAAUAUCACUGUUUGUUUCAAGUGUUCAAAAUGUUGCCCGUUAGGGUUUUCCAUAUCUACAACUCGUUUAUAAUUUAAAACGGAAAGUACCAACAUAAACAGCAAUUCGGAAGAAUAGACGUGUUAAUAACCAAAUAGUAACCCGAAUUUUGUUCCCCAUUCUUUUCAUAAACACAGAUAUCCUGGGCAAACUGUAUUUAUUGUUAUACCUGUUUAGUUAUUUGUUGUUAAGAGAAAGUUACCUUUGUGACAAUCUUUGGAUAGUGAAAAUUAAUUUAUUGAUUCAGAUUUUACUUCCAAAAUGGUGAACACACUAGCUAAAAGAGUGGAAAUGAUUCUAAUUCAUGGUCCCCAAAAUCAAUAUGGUCGGCAAACUCCCGUCACGUUUACCGCCAGACAUCCGUGGAAGAUAACUUCGCAUAGGUAUGUUUUGGACUUUGUUACUAGAUGUUGCAAAUAAAAAAACGUAAUCAUCGGAGAGUUUUGGAUGAAGCCACUCGAGCUGAAGUUUUAGGUAAUUUUGAAAUAAAUUAUAAUACGUCAUUACGCAAAAUUGUUGCUGCGACUGGUAUUUCAUUAGGAUCUGUAUACACAGUUACUAAACUCCAUACAUUUCAUCCGUUCAAAAUGAAAAUAUUGCAAGAGUUAACCGAAGAUGAUUUCAAUAGGCGAGUAAAGAACAAAUGACUGCAGCGAUCAAUGAUGAUACCAUUCAUGUAAUGAAUAUCUGCUUCAGUGAUGAAUGCAUAUUUUAUCUGAUGAUAUAUUAGUUAAUAAGCUUAGAGCAAUGAAAAUACUCAUGUUUUUGUAGAAGGGCAUACCCCUAAAAAAUUAAUGUAUGGGCAGGCAUUUCAGGAAAAAAAGUGAUUGGGCCAUUGUUUAUUAAUGGAAAUUUGAAUGGAGACACUUAUUUGGAUAUGUUGGAAAAUAUCAUCAAUCCGCUUAUCACUGAACCAUUGAAAACAGAAUCGAAUAGGAUGGAAACCCUAUACUUCAUGAGGCUGAAACAUAUGUAUUUCCAGUAAGACGGCGCUCCUCCUCACUAUGUUCUUCCGGUUCGGCAAUGGCUAGACGACGAGUUUCCAGAUAAAUGGAUAGGGUGAAGAGGGCUAUAGAAUGGCAUGCUAGAUCUCUUGAUUUGACGCCAUUAGAAUUUUUUCUAUGGGGCGAUUUGAAAUCUAUUGUUUACUGUUUACCUGAAAGUUUGGAUGAACUUAUUCAACACAUCAUUGAAAGCUGCCAUGAUAUCCCACAUGUUGAAAAUGAAAAUGUCCACCAGGAAUUUGAAAAUCACCUAUAUCAUUGUUUGGCCAAGAAUAUUCAACAUUUUGAACACUUAUUGAAAUAAAAAGUGAUAUUUUCGUGUGUUUUUGUUUUCUAUCUGAACAAAUUAAGGUGAAUAAAGAUUUUUCUAAAUGUCUUGAAAACGAAUCGACCGAUUUUAAAAAAUCAAACAUCAGAAUAAAGGACUUCUAAAGACCUUUCAAACAAGCUAUUACUCGAUACCCCUUGUCAUUUGAAAAUUUUAAGGGGGUGACGCUGGGGACUGGGUGGAGUAGUUUUUGGUUAAAAAGUUGUCCGCCUUGACAAAUCUUUUGACGUGUCUCCGCGUUUUUUUUUAAUCAGUGGUUUUCGAUGAAUCCGUGGUUGGAAGUUUUCAAAUGAACACCCUGAAUGUAUGUUUCCUUUUUAAAUGCCCAUGCGUGCAGAAAAUUUGCACUACCUGCAUAGUUAUUUAUCGUAUAGUUUCCCAUUUUGACUUGCAAAAACAUGAUCUGUCAACAGAAAGGUCUAUCUAUCUCAUGUGCCCACUUCAACGGCGUUUGAACGAUAUAAACAAACCUCGUUGGUUCAUGAUGGAAGCAUCCAGGAGUAUGAUCUGACAUCUGCAUACACUCGCGAAGUAUCAGUAGACCUUGAAUAAAUAAACUUACCUCAUAAUCAAACCAAUGACGUUGUUUUAUUGCUAAAGGAAUGUUCUAAUUUGGGCUUUUUCAAAUAUCACCUUAGACUUUAUACACCCCUUCAUCACAUUCUUCAAUUUCUAUAAUUUUGUUGUGAAAAUUUCAAUUAUAUGGGAAAAUAGGUUUCAAAUUAAAGUAUGGAGUGCUAUGUAAAUGUUAUAGGAAACCCACCUGACCUUGUACGAUUGUAAUACUCAUGUAAAUUGAGACACUUGAUUUAAAAACAUAUUUUUUCAUACAGGAACUGCCCGGAGAAUACAAAGACAUGCUACUUAUGCCACAAACCGGGCCACUUGAAGAGAGAGUGCCAGGAGAAUGACUAUCGAAAGUAGUAUGGGUUCUUACAGGUUAUGGAUUUGUUAUGUAUGCAGAGAAACAUAUUCCUCUGUAUAUUUCCAUCUUGCAUUGUAGGUUGUUUCAUAUUAUUUAGCAUAAGUCUGAAAACUUAAAUGACUGUAUGAUUUUUUUUUUACUAUUGAGGCAGUUUUGAAUUUCAAAAUGAAUUUCUUAUUUUUUUCAUUUUCUAUAUAAAUGUAACGGUACAUUCAUCUUCUCUUAUCUGAAAAUAUUUUACAUGGAGAUUGUGGUUGAAAAAUAUAGGAUUAUUAUUGUAACCUUUUUUAUUGAACUGCUGGAUAUAAUGAAAUAUUAAUAACAGAUGGUGCAAGAAAUUAAGAAUGAUUUCGACAUAAAAAAAUCCAUUUUGAUUGAACAUUAAUUUUUGUUUUGAUUUAGUUUAGAUGUCCUUGAAUAUUGUUUAUAAGCUCAUAUUACACUUUCUCUUUCCAUCCAAGUACUUAAUUUUUUAAUGUAGCUUAUAGAUUAUUCUUCUCAAUUUGUUAUAUCCAGUGGUUCCUUUACAGGCAUAAGGCGAGUAUCGUGUGUAGCUAAUAUUUUCAAAUUGUGAAUGGUUCCAGAUAAAUAUUUAAAUUCUUUAUAGAUUUAAAUAUUAUGUAGAUCCUAAACUGAAUUGGAGCCACCUUUAUACAAUGCACAAUUUGUCAUUGACAAGGUGGAAAGAUGCUGUUUCAUAACUUCAAUUUAUUAUGGGGGUAGGAAUAAUUUGACAUUUCAAAUACAUAUAAACAUGCAGGACACAUGUUUAAAUAAAAUCUAAUUACAUAUAUACUUUUUUGAUAUUUCCAAAAGGUCAGUGAGAUUUAAAGUGGAAUUCCCCAUAUUCAGGCUCAUCACUUUCUCAAGUUGAUGGGUACCUAUUAUCUUUGCUCUCUUUCCUGCUCCCACUGAAUAAUCAAAAAUUUACAAUAAUUCUGUAAUUCUUCUGGAAAGGAUCUACUAUUUUGUCCAACGAUUCUUUUGGAAUUAAAAAAAAAAUAUGUUGAAACGUCCAAAUAUAUUUUUUCGAAAACUCCAUUUAUAUGAUUUGGUUAUGAAGUAAACCUUUUUACAUGUAAACAUAUUUUUAUAGUUAUGAAUAAACAUAAACAUCUAAACAUAAAUA